AAGAGUAAAUAAAUAUUUAAUGUGCAUGCAAAUAAAUUAAAAUUAUUUAACAUAAUAUACAUGUAAAAUCACAUUAAACGCGUGUGAAGUGAACCACCGCGAACCACUCCGUCUGCCUACGCGUCGUUGCGUAGCUGAAACGCAUCGAACCGAACCGAACCCGAUACCAAAAUGACUAUGAAAUCGAUGAAGUACUCCGAUUGUGAUACCAUUAUGGAUGGCUAUAAUCCGGUGCCGCCUCCAUUGCCCCGACGUGUGCCGCCAGUGCGUAAUAUUUAUGCCGAGCCCUUUGCCCACGAGCCGAACCAUUCCAGCAGAUUGGGCGGUCACCAACAACAGAUGCCACAAAGUAUGUCAACUGGCAGCAACACAAUCGGCCAUGGUGGCAUCGAUCGCGGAGGCGUCGGCGUCGGCGUCGGGAUGCCAAUGGGAGGUGGCACGAUGCCCGUGGGCGGCGUUGGCGGUCAAGGUGUGGGCGGCCCUCAAGUUUCAGUCGGUCCACCGGGCAGCGGCGGACCGGGUCCGCAUUGCCAGAUAAGCGGCUCACAGCCGUUGGUUAUGCCUGGAUUCCCAUUGCGUAAUUCGCACUCAGCGCAUGCACCGCAUUAUUCGCCAUAUUCACCAUCCAGGUUUCACAUAGAUAAACGCUGUCAACACCGAUGUUCCUGGAAAUGCUUGAGCAUCGCCUUAAUAUUCAUAUCCGUCGUCCUAACCGCCAUGUUGGCAUACUUUGCAGCAGUCAGUUCAAUGAAACCGAACAUGGACAGCUCAAAUUGCAUCCUAGUCCAAGACGUCAAGUCGCAACCUCACGAUCUGCGCGGCGGAGUCGGUGGCAAGGGUGGGGACAACAAGGCGUUGGGUGGCGCCACCGCUUAUCCCACUGAGGAAUCGAUACAGACAAGCACAUCGGAUCAUGGCAGCAAUGGUGGUGGUGCUGGCGGUGGUGCAGGUGGUGGUGCGACGGGUCUGGCUGGCUUAAUGCCCGGUGCAACGGGGAUACAGCAGCAAUUGUUGUUGCAACAGCAGCAACCACAUGCCAUCAAUCAACCGCUGACACCGCUGGAUGCCACAAAUACACAGCUGCAGGAUCAACUAACUUAUGGCGGUGUCACCGGCGGCAUGGGGCAACAGCAGCAGCAUAAUCUGUUGAUGCAACAGCCGGGUCAUCAUCAUCCGGCGUUGCAGCAACAACAGGGCAUCGGCCUAACCGGUGGCCAAUGGCCGCAAGUUGUCGAACUGAAGGAUUUCAAUGAACUCUAUCAUGCCAACAUUCCGGCCUAUCAAUUCUGGACACUCGAAUUCCGUAACAAGCAUCCGGCAUUCAUACGCUUCAACUUCACGCUGCCGUGGGGUGCACACUUUGCCGUCUAUUCCCGCCGCAAUGUGGCACCGUCCGUGACGCAACACGAUUUUGUCGAGUUCAUCAAGGGCGGUCGACUCGACAGUCAUUUGAGGCAUCGUCGCAGCACGAAUGCCAAUGCGAAUGCAACUGCAACUGCCACAACCACAACUGCCAACAAGGAUCUUGAUCUGAUCGAUGUCUACGAUGAGCCAAAGAAGCAGCAGCAGUUGCAACAACAACAACAGCAACAGAAACGCCGCAACAACAGCAACAGCUAUGAGGAAAUCGAUGAUGAUACUGAUGAUGGCGAUUCCAAUAGCGAGGAAGAUGCACCAGACUCAUUGGAAGAUUUCUAUGUGGAGCGGCAUGCCACUGUGGCAAGUCUCGCACAUCCGUUGCACAAACGCUCAGCGGCCGAUGGCGGUGCCGGCGGUUUGCCAGCUCUCGAUAUGGAUGCCAUGACGGUGAAUGUUUCACUUUUGCAAUAUCUCGACACCGGCUUGUGGUUCAUUUCCGUCUACAAUGAUGAAUUGGUGGCACAUUCCGUCUCCCUGUUGGCCGAGGAGGCCGAGGGUGUUAGCACCACUUGCCCCAAUGAUUGUUCUGGUCGUGGCAGUUGUUAUCUUGGCAAAUGUGAUUGCAUCGAUGGUUAUCAAGGCGUUGACUGUUCCAAGAGCGUUUGUCCGGUUCUCUGCUCGGCUCAUGGCCAUUAUGGAGGCGGCGUCUGCCACUGCGAGGAUGGCUGGAAGGGAGCCGAAUGCGAUAUACCCGUUGGGGAGUGCGAGGUGCCCAAUUGCUCCAGCCAUGGACGCUGCAUCGAGGGCGAGUGCCAUUGCGAGAGAGGCUGGAAGGGACCCUACUGCGAUCAACAUGAUUGCCUUGAUCCUUUGUGCUCGGGACAUGGGACCUGUGUGGCCGGUCAAUGUUACUGCAAGGCCGGCUGGCAGGGCGAGGACUGUGGCACCAUUGAUCAGCAGGUAUAUCAAUGCCUCCCCGGUUGCUCCGAGCAUGGCACCUACGACUUGGAGACCGGACAAUGCGUUUGCGAGCGACACUGGACGGGACCAGAUUGUUCUCAAGCCGUCUGUAGCUUGGACUGUGGUCGCAAUGGGGUCUGUGAGUCGGGAAAAUGUCGUUGUAAUACCGGAUGGACGGGUAAUCUCUGUGAUCAAUUGCCCUGCGAUGCACGGUGUUCGGAGCACGGUCAGUGCAAGAACGGAACCUGUGUCUGCUCCCAGGGCUGGAAUGGACGACACUGCACACUACCUGGCUGUGAGAAUGGCUGCUCUCGUCACGGUCAGUGUACACUGGAGAAUGGCGAAUAUCGUUGCGAAUGCAUUGAAGGCUGGGCUGGUAGUGACUGUUCGAUAGCUUUGGAAAUGAACUGCAAGGACAACAUUGAUAACGAUGGCGAUGGCAUGACGGACUGUUCAGAUAGCGAAUGUUGCUCUCAUCCCGCCUGCUCCGAGCACAUAAUGUGCCUCUCGUCCAACGAUCCCGUUGAGGUACUGCUACGCAAGCAACCUCCCUCGGUGACGGCCUCCUUCUACCAGAGGGUCAAAUUCCUCAUUGAGGAGAAUUCGGUGCAAUCAUAUGCUCAUAUGGAUGAGUACAGCGAAAAUCGUGUUUCGGUAAUGCGCGGUCAGGUGAUAACUCCCCAGGGUCUGGGAAUCGUUGGCAUUCGCGUCUCUGUGGAUCGUGACUCACGCUUUGGCUUCACCCUGACACGACAGGGCGGCUGGUUUGAUGUGCUGGUGAAUGGCGGUGGUGCAGUUACCCUGCAAUUCCAGCGUUCACCCUUCCGUCCACUCACUCGCACCGUGUUUGUACCCUGGAAUCGCAUUGUGGUGUUGCCACCGGUGCAAAUGCAACUGAGCGACGACGAUGAAACCACCAGUCGCAAUAUCAAGGUGGCACCAUUGAAUCCGGCCUUGACAUUCCUCAAUUCGAUACAUUAUCAUACGGCCGAUGAGGCAAACGAUGCGAGCAAGAUUUGCAUGGAUCAUGAUCAUGAGAAGCUCAAGCCACAAUUGAUUAGCACCUGGAUGCCCAAUGGAGUCGGGGCGAUGCCCGGCAAGAGGGUUAUCUUUGCCGAGACACAGAUCGUGCAGGAGUCCAUUCAAAUUCCCGGCUCCGAUUUGCAUCUCACAUAUCAAUCAUCGCAGGCUUCGGGCUACUUGAGCAUUGUGCGCAUGCGUCUGACCUCGGAGACAAUACCAAAGACAUUGACCCAUGUGCAUGUGGGUGUUGAAAUCGAGGGAGCACUCCAUGUGAAGACCUACGAGGCCGAUCCGAAUCUCAUUCACACAUUCGCAUGGAAUAAACGCAAUGUGUAUAGGCAAAAGGUUUACGGGGUGACCAUCGCACGGAUUUCCGUGGGUUACCAGCACAACACGUGCCAGACUCCGGUUUGGAUAACGCAGACAGCCAAGCUGCAGGGCUACGAUGUGGACAUCUCGGACAUUGGUGGCUGGGGACUGGACAUCCAUCAUCAUUACAACUUCCACGAGGGCAUUCUACAGAAGGGAGACGGCAGCACACUUCAUAUGAAGGAGUAUCCACGCACCGUUAAGGUCGUUAUGGGUACGGGACUACAGCGACCGCUCAAUUGUCCGGAUUACUGCAAUGGCGUUGCCAAGGAUGCCAAGCUGUUGACACCCAUCGCCUUGGCCACCGGACCCGACGGCAGUCUCUAUGUGGGCGACUUCAAUCUCGUGCGACGCAUUACACCCGACGGCAAGGUCUUUACCAUACUCCAAUUGAGCGCUACCCAGGUGUCCUAUCAAUAUUAUCUCGCUGUCUCGCCGGCCGAUGGACACUUGUAUAUUUCCGAUCCGGAACGUCAUCAGAUCUUGCGACUGUUGCGUCUGGAGAAGGUCAAGGAUCCGAGUAUUAACAGUGAGCCCGUUGUGGGCAGCGGUCAGCGUUGCAUACCCGGCGAUGAGGGCAAUUGCGGCGACGGCGGAGCUGCUCUCCAGGCACGUCUCUCCCAUCCCAAGGGCCUGGCGAUCGCUGCCGAUCGUACCAUGUACAUUGCGGAUGGCACCAACAUUCGAGCCGUCGAUCCCAAGGGCAUUAUUCACACACUCAUUGGCCAUCAUGGUCAUCACAAUCAUUGGAGUCCCGCUCCUUGUUCCGGCACCCUUAUGGCCAAUCAGGCUCAGCUGCAAUGGCCCACAGGCUUGGCCCUAAGUCCACUGGAUGGAUCGCUGCAUUUCAUCGAUGAUCGUCUCGUCCUGCGUCUCACCUCGGACAUGAAGAUACGCGUUGUGGCUGGCACUCCGCUGCACUGCAGCAACAAUGGUCAGGACAGUCGCGUGAACAAGACGGCAACGGAUAAUGUCUUGGGCACUGUGUUGGCCAUGGCCUUUUCACCCUUUGGCGAUCUUUAUAUUGCCGACAGCGAUUCGCGGCGUAUCAAUUCCAUUCGCGUUGUGGACACAGCUGGCAAUAUGCGUUAUUUUGCUGGCAAACAGGAGGGCACAGGCACACAAACCUGCGAUUGUGCGAUUGGAAAUGGAAGCAAUGGCUCCGCGGCAAGUGGUUUAACUGUGGGCAAUGGCGGUGCAUAUUCAACGACCGUGAAUCCGACACGCAAUAAUGGCGGCACGACGCCAACGACACCAUCUGGCGGAAACGGAAAUAAUGGCAGCUCAGCCAAUGCCAAUGGCAACAACCUCGGCAUCAUCAGCAGCAGCGGCGCCUGUGUCUGUGGUGGCUCCGCUCUCGCGGCAGCCGGUCUCGGUGCUGCUGCUGGCGGUGCUAACUCGGCCACUCUCGCUGGCAUUGUCGCUGGCGGCAGUUUAAUGUCCACCGGACCCACAACCACCACAACGGUGCUCCUUGGAGCCAAGACAACAGCUGGCGCCGCCGGCUCCAAUCUCAACUCCGGCGCCACCCUCAACGACGACGGCACUCUGAGCAAUGCGGAGACACUUCUCUCCUCCAACGCCCGCUUCCAAGCCAUCUCAGCCAUUGCUGUGGCCCAGGACGGUGUCAUCAAUGUGGCCGAUCAAGGCUCUCUCCAUGUGCUCGCCUUGGAGCAUUAUCUGCCGUCGCACGAUGAGAACGGCGAAUUCCACAUACCCUUCCCGCCAUCCAGUGAGAUCUAUGUGUUCAAUCGCUAUGGCCAGCAUGUGGCGACUAAGGAUCUGACAUCGGGCAAGACACGUUAUUCGUUCCUCUACUCGAAGAAUACGAGCUUCGGUCGGUUGUCGACGGUGACGGAUGCUUCGGGAAAUAAGAUACAGUUCCUCAGGGAUUACAGCAAUGUGGUGAGCUCCAUUGAGAAUACACAGGAUCACAAAUCGGAGAUACAGAUCAAUGGAAUUGGCAUUAUGACGAAACUGAGCGAGAAGGGACGUCAGGAGAUUGAAUUGGAUUACGACAGCAAUACGGGACUCUUGAAUUCCCGUUCAUCCGGCGGCGAGACGUACAUCUAUCAAUAUGAUGAAUUCGGACGUGUAACGGGCAUGAUCCUGCCAAGCGGUGAGAUCGUACGCAUCACCUCACAGCUGGCGGAUAACAAGGGACUAACUGUUUAUGUCCAUGCCUCCGUCGAGUCGCUGUUCUCCCGGGAACGUGUCACGUCCAAUGGCGUCGGCGGAUCCGGAGAUGCCAACGAGCUGCUGGUACUAGGCGGUGUCCGAUCCACAUUCCUGAAGCGUGGUCGAGCUCAUGCCGAUGCGGAGCUAAAGGCUAACAAUACCCUGGUCAUUCAUGGAGCAAAUGGGGUUGUGGUCGAGGCUUCUGCCGUCGCCAGACAUCCAUUGCUGGAGGCCGCAUUGCCCGUGGAGGCAGAGAUGUUGGCCAUGUGGUCACAUCAGAGCGUUACAAUGGGCGAUGGCCUGACCAACUCCAUGUAUUCCGUUUACAAUCUGGUUGGGGAUGUGCGUAAUCCUCAGCAGACACUGAAUCGCGAGAUCUGGGUGAAUCAAUCGCGUGUGAUUGGCGUUGAGUUCGAUCAGUACACGAAUCGGGAGACCUUCUACGAUGCUCAACGUACACCGAUCUUGAUAGUGGCCUACGAUCAAUCGGGUCUACCCAAAUCCUACUUCCCCGCAAACGGUUAUCCUGUGAAUAUCACCUACGACCGUUUCAAUCGGGUCGAAGGCUGGGCCUGGGGACCUGCCGAACUCAAGUACAGCUACGACCGUCAUGGUCUGCUCUCGGAAAUCACCUCGCAGCAGGAUGGCAUCAUUUCCUUUGUCUACAACGAUUGGAAUCUUGUCUCCGAGAUCGGUUUGGCCAGUCAACGGAAAUUUGUGCUGCAGUACGAUGACGCCGGAGGAUUGAGACAUGUGGUCCUACCGUCGGGUACCCGUCACAGCUUUAGCAUGCAGACCUCCAUUGGCUUUAUACGUUGCACCUACACACCGCCGGGCAGCACCCGUGCCUACUUGCAGCACUACAGUCAUGCGGGAGCAUUGCUUCAGACGAUAUUACCCGGAGACGGAGCAAGGAUCGUGUACCGUUACAAUGCAGCCGGACAGCUGACGGAGGUGGUGCAUGGCGAUGGACGGAGUGAGUUCCAGUAUAAUGAUGCUACCGGUAUGCCCAGCACUGUAUCGCAUGCGGAACGUGAGCUCGAAUAUCGCUGGGACUUUGAAUACUCCGCCGGACUCUUGACCGAGGAGCGUAUCGAUUAUGUGGCCAAGACGGGUUUGAGCAAUGCCAAGUUCAGCUAUGAAUACGACAGCCAGUUAAGGGUGGUGGCCCUACAGGGACGCAUCGGUGGCCAGAGUUUGCCCAGUCAGGCCUAUGCCUACGAUAGACGCACCGGACAGCCCAGCCUCAUCGGCCAGUUCAAGUUCACGCGUCCGGCCUUGAAUCAGACCCAAUUGCAUGAUGGUACCGCCGGAUUUACGCGUACCGUCGACGGUCGCUUCCAGACACAGCGCAUGGCAUUGACCAUACAUCGCCUGGAGGUGUUCCGCAUGGAGUUCUCCUAUGGGGUGCAUGGUCGCAUCUCCCAAACGAGGACAUACACCCGCAACAUGGCGGUCAACAGCUAUACGAAUGUGAAGAACUACACCUGGGAUUGUGAUGGCCAGCUUGUGGGUGUGGAGGCACAGGAACCUUGGGGUUUCCGCUACGAUGACAACGGCAAUCUCCUGUCACUUACCUAUCGGGGUAACACCAUUCCCAUGGAGUACAAUGCUCAGGAUCGCAUUGUCAAAUUCGGCGAGGGUCAAUACAAAUACGAUGCUCGCGGUCUGGUUGCGCAGAAUGCGCGCGAGGAGAGAUUCCAUUACAAUACCCAAGGUCUGCUCGUGCGCGCCUCGAAGAGGGGACGCUUCGAUGUGCGGUAUUAUUACGAUCAUCUGAAGCGCCUGACCACACGCAAGGAUAACUUUGGCAAUGUCACACAGUUCUUCUAUACGAACCAGCAGCGACCCUACGAAGUCUCCCAGAUCUAUUCGCCGCGGGAUGGCAAACUGAUGUCGCUGACCUACGACGAUGUCGGCCAUCUGAUCUAUGCCCAGGUGUAUCGGCAUAAGUAUUAUGUGGCAACGGAUCAGAGUGGCACGCCCCUCAUGCUCUUCAAUCAGUAUGGUGAGGGUAUUCGGGAGAUAAUGCGUUCUCCCUUCGGGCACAUUGUCUACGACUCAAAUCCGUAUCUGUAUUUGCCCAUCGAUUUUUGUGGCGGCAUCUUGGAUCAGGUGACGACGCUUGUGCACAUGGGCGAUGGACGUGUCUAUGAUCCAUUGAUUGGCCAGUGGAUGUCGCCCGAUUGGCAGCGGGUGGCGGAAAGGAUCAUCACCCCCACCCGACUCCAUUUGUAUCGCUUCAAUGGCAACGAUCCCAUCAAUGUGGGUCAGGAGCGUCAUUAUCCCGCUGAUUUUGCCAGCUGGAUGCGUACGCUCGGCUUCAAUGUGGGCAACCUGAUGCCACAACUGGCCAGAGAUUUGUGGCAACCACCGGCACUGUGGGGUCGUCCACCCACCAAUCCGAUUUCCCUCAAUAUGCGACGCCCCUUCGAUAAUAUACCCACCAUGGCGGUGGAGAGUGGCUUCCUCGCCCAUCUCAAUGUCCGGCGCAUGUCCGACUUUGAGCAGCUAUCGGCACCACCAAGAUCGGCACUGAAAUGUGAUGUGAUGGAUCCAUCGCCGCGCAGCAUUGGCUCCGAUACGGAGCCACCGUUUGGCAAGGGCAUUGUGGUUUCCCGCACCGCCGACGGCCAGGCGAUUGUCUCGAGUGUGCCCGCUGCGAACGCCAUCUAUCGGGAUGUCUACACGAGUGUCUUCAAUCGCUCCAAGCUCUUGCCCUUCACAUUUGUGGUGCACAAUGCGCAGCAGGACUCGUUCUUCUUCGUCAAGGAGGAUGCGUGGCGCGCCAGCGAGGAUCGACAGCAGCUGAAGCGUCUGCAGGGACAGGUGAACACCACCUUCCAUGAGAUUACACGCGAAUCAACGCCAGGUGGAGGUGUUGCAAGCAGCGGCUCUAACGGUGGUGCUAGCAGCGGCAGUAGCUCUUCAUCUGGUGGUGCCUCGGCCUCCACGGGCAACUAUCUGGAUGUGAAGAUCCAUGGAGCACAUGCGAUCAUCAAUUUAAGAUACGGCACCACCGUGGCCAAGGAGCAGCAGCGUUUGAUGCACCACGCCAAAUUGACGGCGGUGCGCAAGGCGUGGCAUCGGGAGAAGGAGGCGUUGCGAAGUGGUUUAACCAGCGCAUUGGAGUGGACACAACAGGAGUCCGAUGAGAUUGUCAAACAGAGCUAUGCCAAUAACUAUGAGGGUGAGUACAUCCAUGAUGUCGCCCUCUAUCCGGAACUCGCCGAGGAUCCCUACAACAUCAAGUUUGUGAAGAAGAAGGGAGCCACCGGUGGUGCGGCGGGUGUUCCCAAUGCCCGACGACGACGCAGUCUCAGUUGGUCAAGUGAUGAUCAGGAUUCGACGGCGGAUGCGAAUGCGAAUGCGGAUGCGAAUGCGGAUAUCGAAGCCGUUGCCUGUUAGCUUCUAGUUUAAAUCAUAAAUGG